GCCUACGUUCAAGCUGAAUUCAACAUUGACCAUCGACGAACGAGCUUCGCGCAGUGCAAAAGGCGCGUACGUGUCGCGCUAAUAUGGAAAAAUGAGUCGGGCUCUACGCGCCGUCGAUCUCUCGCUCGUCGCACGGGUAUGGAAAACGUAAUCGCGUAAUGCGAACAUUACGUUUACGGAGUGUCAGGGUGCAGCGUUAGCAUGAGCAUUUCCCAAGACAGCGCUGCUACGAUCGUGUGCAGGGAGGUUUUUGAUGAGACGUCUCACCCGACGAACGAAGAGUUAUUGGAUUAUGCAAAACGUUUGGGAAUUGAUCCCGAUGCGGAACCACACCUUCUGGACUUGGCCCGUGAGGGUCUUAUGGCAGCCCUACCUAAGGGAUGGUCUCCAUGCUUCCAUGAAGCUAGUGGUGCCUGGUAUUAUUAUCAGGCAUCUACCGGCACUACUACCUGGGAACAUCCCCUAGACGCAGUUUACAGAGGGCUCGUGGAACAAGCUCGAGCUGGGAACAAAAGGCAACUGAGUCUUGAAGAAGAUUCGAAGACUACAGCAAAAGAUCUUGAGUCUCACGAGGACGCAACUUUACCGAAGGAAACUAUUAUUCCAAAAGAAAGUAUUAAAGAAACUGUUUAUGCGAAACCUAGCAUGGCAGGUACUAAAAUUCCCAUGAAACUGGCACCCUUACGGAAAGUCGAGAAAAUCGACAGUUCACGUAAGAAGGAUCCUCCUUCCUCCUUUGAUAGGCUUCAGUCGAGGAGAGAAAGUGAUUCGAAAUCCGACAAUGUAAUAUCCUUGUCGAGCGACCGAGCCGCGAGGGAUUAUACGAACUUAAAGUUUCAAGACCCGAAAUUUUACGAAUGCCCUAAGUUGCUCGAGACAAGGGAUACGACUGCGACAAGCGCAACAAACGCAACAGCAACAUCGGCGAAGAAAGAGCUUGAUUUGAAGGAAGUACUGAAGAGAUCUGAGUCGCUAAGUCCGUGGCAUGAGAAAGAUUGGGAACAGCUCUCCAGCAAAUUCAGUUCGGAAGAGAACAUAAUCGACAUCGACAAACUCAGCGCCAGCACAUUAGCCAAACCGGAGAAACUCGAGAAAUUCGACAAAGAGAAACAUCCAAGUCAGUUGAGUCAACAAAAGGAGUUGACUCUUAGCGGUGGUGGCUCGAUGUUUCUAAAAAGCAAUAGGAGUAGAGAUACCACACCUAGCCAUGAUGGCGGCAAGCUGGAAGACUUCCGAGCAUUGACAAUUUCCGACGAAACCAACAACAUGAUUGGUGACAGGCCCAAAUCCAUUUUGAGGGAAAAGCAACUUGAAGAUGACGAUCGACCAUUGGACGAGGAACGCAAAAGCGUGCGUUUUGACUUAGAAAAGGAAUUCAACAUUAAUUUCACGUAUUCCGAGUCCGAGGAUGACUGGGAUUCCGAAUCUGAAGAUAAGAAUCUACGGAUAUCAGCUGUGAUCAGCGAUAAAAUUACUGGUUCCAUACUAUCUCCGUGGAAAUCAACCUCGGAAAAUUUUGAGGACAACGAUGAUAAAAACGACUAUUCUAAUGAGAAAGAUCAGAAUAAAAUGGAUUCAGAAAUCGACAGAGAACAUUUGCCUGUAGAGAACAUCGAAUCCAUAUCAAAAGAUGUGAAAAUAGUUGGCAAGAGAUUUCUCGUGCAAAACGUUUCGGAAAAUGAACAUCGUAGUCAAAUGAUGAUGAAGAAUACUCUAGAAAGGGACAAUAGUUUUGAUUAUCUACCUAAUAAAUUAGGUGAAAAAGUGAAAAACAUUGACAUAGUGUCAAAAAGCGAAACAGAUUGUAGCACUGCGAAAAGCAGUGAUUCCGAUGAGAUGCGCAAAACAAAAUUAAUUAUUGAAAAAGCAAGACACGCGACAAAUCGCUUGUCAAAUCGACAACUCGAGGACGAUGAGUCAUCUGAUAUAUCGAGGUUCAAUCAAAAUUACGCGCAGAAGGAGCGAUUUGUCCGACCCAAAUUAGAAUACUCUCGAAGUAUUGACGAUAUGAAGGUGAAAAUGAAUAGAGAACAUGAGGAAGAAAUUGAAGCCUUCAGAAUUGAACUCGACAUUAAGCUGCAGGAAAGAAAAAAGGAGUUAGAGGAAAAUUUUAUGCGACAGAAGAUUUUAAUACAACAAUUUUUGGAUAAAAAAUUAGAAGAAAUAAAACAGGAAAUGGCAAAAAAGGAAGAGCAGGAGAUACAAUUAUUAAUUACUGAAAUGGAUCAAGCUAGAAUGGAAAAUUUGAAAAAAGUCCGCACGGAACUAGAGGUCUGCUAUGAAAAAGAGAGACAAGAGAUAUUGACCAAUCUAAAGACAGAACUCGACGAGAGGAAAAGAGAACUUCUAAAAUUAAGGAGUCAGGAGAUGGGCAAGCUGGAGAAUGAGCACGAACGUAACCUAGGCGAGGAAAAGCUCGCAAAGCUGAAAGAAUAUGAACUGAGGAAGCAGCAUACCGAAAGGAUCGAAACUUUAAAGAAAGAACUGGAAAAAGAAUUGGAAGAUUUAAGAAACGAAUUAAGGGUACAACAACGAGAAAAGAUCACUAAAUUCACCGAAGAUCAUGAGCAGUGCCUAGCCGAAAUUCUUCGCGACUUUAGAAUGGAUGAAGCUCUCGCUCGUAAGAUGUAUAAAGAGCGACUAGAGGAAAUCCGCGCAGAUUUUGCACGUGACGCCGAGAAGGAGACGAGAAAACAGACCGAGCGGGCUCUUCAACAAGAAAGCAUCGACUUUGAAAAGAUGCGUUGCGAAAAACGGUUACUGCAGGAUAAGUAUACGGCGCUUAAGGAGAAGUAUAUGAAGCUGAAGAACGAAGUUCGUCUUGCAGUCGAAAGAAGAAGCAGAAGAAAGGAAGGAUAUACCACGGCCUCGGAAACCGAAAGAUCGACAUCCACUAGAACGAGGACGGACAAGACCGAUUCGUCGGAACAAAAUACUCCGCUGAAGAACGCGCGUUCGAGCCCAGUAACAAACGCGAAAUCGCAGGACGGCCAGAGCGCGAGCGAGCAAGUCGAAGAGCAAAACGAUCCAGAAGAUUUGAGGAGCCAGAAAACGGCCGCGGGGUUUCAGAAACACGCAUCCGCCGUUGCUGGCUUGAAAAGUGCAGCAAAAUUUGAGUCCGACGAUACUACCACCGCCAGCGAGACGAACACUAACGUGGUAACGAAGAAAAAGAAGAGUUUCAAUAAAAAAGCUUCGAGCGCAGGACGCUCGAGUAGUAGUAAUAACAAUGUGGAGAAUCCAGUGGAGAAUAUUAGGAAACAGCUGAAGAAGCUGGAAGAUCUCGGUGACCAAUUACCGAGCAAUGAAACGGCCUAUACAGUGCGAUAUCCUUUUCAAGAUAAAGUAUUUCCCUUUGCAGCGCCGGCGAAUGCCUCCUCGGAGCUAGAAUUCUUCCGACAUCGGAUGCAUGUGGAGAAGGAUUCGGUGAGGAGAGCUUGCGAGGCGCUGAGACAACAAAAAAGUGCCUUUCAGGGUAGGCAAAGAGCUUGGAAACAACGGAGCGGAAGAGCCACUCUAGAACAACUGGUGCAGGAGGAACGCGAGCUUUCUGAUAUGGAGGUGAGCUUGCAUCGCACCAAAAGUCUUUUAGGUGAAAAAAUCAUUCAUCUAAGACACCUUGAACAAUCUCUGGAACGAGUGGCAAACGACAAGCGAAAUGAAAACGAAGCUAAAAAUGAGGAGCUAAGCGACAUGUCGAGUGCCAGCAGCGGUUUCAGCUCGACUGAUUUAGUAACUGAUACUUUUAUAGAUAAGCCAGAUCAUUACCAAGAAUCUACUGAAAUUAUUGCGAGUUUAGAGAAUUUAAACUCAGAAAUACGAGAAAUUUGGGAUGUUUUGAAUAAACGUCAAGACAGUAGUAUACCUCCAACACCGUCACUUAUGUACUCUUAUUUGCGUUGGUUGCGGUUUCAUCAUCUCACCACGCAGCCUAACAGCAUGCAAGGUGCCUUUGGUACGCCCAAUAUACAAUCUAACAUCCUAUCUCAAUUAACUGCUGCACAGCCUCCUAUUACUACAACUCAAAAUAUUAUCGCUCAGUAUGGCCCUAAUAGCGGCUUUAGCACCAGCGUUGGUACAGUCGAGAGGAAUGCCUCGAAUUUGAUGGAAAGGUCCAGAAACCUCAGGGAUUGGUUACGCCAAGCUCGCGUUGAAAAUACUGACUUGAUUAGUCCUGGUCAGGCGACUCUUUAAAAGGUCUACGUUUAAAAAAUAUCUCGUCUCAUUCCAAAUUUCAUUUCUUCUACAAAGUUGAUCCGUGUUCUUAUAUAAUUUGGAACUUUGAUGAUUAAUUGAGGGUAUAGUGUUGUCUUAUGUAAUUAUUUAAUUAGCGAUACUUGAUUAUAUAGUUUGUACAUUUAAUACUUUUAUAAUUAAUAAUGUAUUGACUGUGCAAUUUAUUUAUUCAGUUCAUCAUUCAUACUAUUUUGCAUGAAUUAUGACUGUGAAUUCGUUAAAAUUAAUUUUGUAAACUUUCAUUUACAAUUAAAAAUAAUCCUAUUUGAAAUAGAAACGUGUCGAAUUUGUAUGAAAAAUCUGCGCUCAUUUGUCGCUUCAAAUGUUGUUUCUCUCUUUGCUAAAUCGUCAUAACUGCCAAGAAUACGGUAUAAUAUCAUUGCGACAAGGUAAAUUCACAUAUGGAUGAGAAGGAAAUUGGACAUGAUAAUUAUGAUGUAAAUACAUGUAAAUGGCCCAAAGCCGUUUACAACAUUUAAUAUAAUUAAAGUUUAAAUCAUGGAAAUUUGAUUGAUCGGCGAUCGCCCUUUAUAUAAAAAUUGAAAUAAUUCUAUUGACAACUUUAAUUUGAAAUUAUCGAAAUCUUAAUCGACAGUUUUAGCAUAAUUGUUUUAUGUAAUUGACCUGUUGAUACGACGCAUAGUAUGCAUAUUAUUUGAUAGCCGAGACAAAUAGUAUGCUUUUCGUGACUCUGUCGACUUUAUAAUUCGACGUUCAUACCGAACAGGUUAAAUAUCAUAUACAGAGAUCGAGGCUAAUACAUAUAAUACGCGCAGAAAAGUAUAUAAAAAUGUUCACGUAUAUCAAUUUAUAUAAAAUGCUACACUUGAC